AUGGCAACAACGCUUCACCUCCGCUCCGAGUCCAAGCCACUGGAGCACAGAUCUGCCCUCACGCCGACUACCACCAAAGCUUUGUUAGACGCAGGCUACAAAGUCAAUGUCGAACGCUCUCCCGAGCGCAUUUUCGAAGACUCCGAGUUCGAAGCCGUCGGAGCUACGUUAGUCCCCGAGGGCUCAUGGGUAGAUGCCCCUACAGACCAUAUCAUUGUCGGCCUCAAGGAAUUACCCGAGGACAAGUUCGCGCUCAAGCACACGCACGUGCAGUUUGCACAUUGCUACAAGCAACAAGGUGGCUGGCAGGACGUGUUGUCCCGUUUCCCCCAAGGUGGCGGCACGCUGCUAGACCUGGAGUUCCUUACCGACGAUACCGGGAGACGAGUCGCGGCCUUUGGAUAUCACGCCGGAUAUGCGGGCGCGGCACUGGCGGUGGAAGCCUGGGCGCAUCAAUUGACGCAACCGGGGACCAAGAUGCCCAAGGUGUCGAGCUACGCGAAUCAAGACCUGCUGCUUAAGGACGUGCGCUCCGCCUUAAAAUCUGGCAGCGAGAAAGCAGGACGUCAACCGCGCGUGCUCGUCAUCGGCGCGCUCGGCCGCUGCGGACGCGGCGCGGUCGACCUCUGCCGUCAAGCUGGCAUCCCCGAGGAAAACAUCCUGAAGUGGGAUCUCCCCGAGACCAAGAAAGGCGGGCCUUUCGAGGAAAUUGUGGAGAGCGACAUCUUCGUCAACUGCAUCUACUUGUCUGACCCGAUCCCGCCGUUCAUCAACGAGGAGUCGCUCUCCAGUCCGAAGCGAAAUCUCUCGGUCGUCUGUGACGUGAGCUGCGACACGACAAAUCCUCACAACCCCAUCCCAAUUUAUACCGAGAAUUCGACGUUUGACGACCCUACGCUGCCAGUGUCUGGUUAUGAGAAUCCGCCACUGAGUGUCAUCAGCAUCGAUCACCUACCGAGCCUGUUACCCAGAGAGGCGAGCGAGGCAUUCAGUCAGGCCUUGCUGCCAAGUUUGCUGCAGUUGAAGGAACGCAAGAACAGUAGAGUGUGGCAGCAGGCUGAGGCGCUGUUCUCUGAGAAGGUUGCGACUCUCCCUGAGGGCUUGCGUGCGGCAUGGAAUAGGGUUACGGGACAGGCGUAG